AUGGGCGAGCAAGCGUUUAAUAUUUCGGAUGAAAAUUUAGAACAGCAUAUUGUUACUUUAUUUGAAAAAUUGGAGUGUUUACGGAAGGAUGCGAACUCGCACUGUGACGGGGGUCUGUCAGGCAGAGUUCCGGCGAGGUUGGAGUUACGGACUUUGUCUUUGUGGAAAGCAGUGGUAGCGGAGUGCGCGGCUUCUUUUCUUUAUGUGUUCAUCGUUUGCGGUGCGGCAGGCGGAGCGGGCGUAGGAGCGUCCGCUUCAGCUGUGCUCCUCUCAACCGCACUAGCUUCCGGUUGUGCUAUUGCAACGCUGACUAUGUGUUUUGCUAAUAUAUCUGGUGCUCAUGUAAAUCCAGCAGUGUCAGCAGCGUUGUGUGUGCGUAGACGCGUGUCUCCGUUGCGUGCGGCGUUGUACGUCGCCGCGCAAUGUGGCGGUGCGAUCGCAGGCGCAGCCGCUUUAUAUGGGUAA